GGUGUAUAUAAGUCGCCGGACCCGACGGCGGACCACAUUCACUUGUUGUUCGGCUAUGCGCGAGUUUGUCGUCGUUGAAUAAUUUGUUGCUUUAAUUAUUGCAUUUAAUUAAUUUUUUAUACAAUGAUAUCCAAGUGUCUGUUGACGGUCGCCUUAGUGUCGUCGGUUGUCCAUUCGGUUCCGGUCACCCAAGAAGAGUACGCUAGGUACAUAUCACAGCAACAGAUUGCUCGCCUGUCGGAUAAGCCUCAGUCAGCGCCCAGGAGACCCGUUUUGGUUCAAGUACCAGCUUACCAGCCGGCCGCAGCAGCCGCUUCUCCUCGUCCAAUAGCUUAUCAACCCCAACCUCAAUAUCAACAAGCGUAUCCAACACCUUCCUACCAAACUCAGCAAGAACCCGAAGACUACCAAGAACCGGAACAAUACCAACCACUGCCCAGGCCGAAAGCUUAUCCAAAAACAGCUUCAAAGUCCAAACCAGCGUACAAACCAAACAAACAAGAAGAAGAGGAAGCCGACAAUGACCCGAACGCUCAAUAUCAGUUUUCUUUCGACAUCAGCGAUGACGAAUCGACUAACUAUCACAACCGUAAAGAAACCAGAGAUGGUCAAAAAAUAUCCGGAAGCUACAGUGUUGUAGAUUCAGAUGGAUUUAUCAGAACAGUAACUUACACCGCCGAUCCCGAAGAGGGAUUCAAAGCUGAAGUCAGCCGGGAGCCAACUAAUAUUCAAGUAAAAAUCCCAGCACCUACCCCACAACCAGCUGCCCCAGCACCUCAAUACAGAUUAGCUGAACGUAAACCUCAACCUCAAUACAUUACACUUCCACAGGGUAACGAACAGGAAUCAGAUGAACAACCAUCAGUUCAACCAAUUUCUGGUUACUACCGCCAGGCUCAACCUUUGUUGAGCAAAGCACCGGCACACAGGUUCGCUGCUGGUCCAAGACCUCAACCAAGUAAAGCUAACGCUUUUGGAUACGCUACUAAUCCCUCUAGCGCUCCAGUCAUCUACCAGGCGUAUCAACAGUAACUUCGUCCAACAUGAGACGGCUGCAAUUAGGCUAAGAAAACGUGAGCCGAUGCGUCCCAACCACAGUCAGCCGUCAAUCCUUCUCGGUCAGGACUCAUGUCUAGGCCAUACACAUAGUCCGAAUGGUUGCGACGACUUUGGCACUGCGACCCUAACGAAGACGCACCAUAAUUCCAUAUCCUAAAAAAAGUGUCAUUGUUUAUUGUUUUUUAAGUUGUAUCAUUUUACUAUUAUAUGAAUAAAGUUAUUUUUUUAUUGUAAAA